CGGUUUGGAAUAGCUUUCUUAGAUUUGCUUUCAAAUCUUCAUAUCUUUUCCACCAAUCGCCUGUGUAAAUUAAUGCUUUUUCAGACACUUUCCAGGGUGAGAUAAGCAGAUCUUCUCGCUUCCUGAUCUUUAGACUUCAGUGAAUUACUUGCUAAAUGGAGGCUAACAAUCUUCUAUUAUGGAGCAUUUCUAUGGCAAUACUAUUUUGCAUAUUUUCUUGGUUUUAUUGGCAAAAUCAUAAGAAGAAGAAGAUUGGCAUUGGGUCCAUCACAUUACCACCAGGUGAUGUAAGCUGGUCAGCCAUUAUAAUGGAUUGUCUUAGAUGGUACAUCUCUAUAUCAAGCUCUAAUCCCUCAAAAUUUGUUGAAGAACAGGUGAAGAGGCAUGGAAAAGUGUUUACUUGCAGUCUAUUUGGGAAAAAAGCAGUAGUUUCAGCUGACCCAGUGUUCAACCGCUAUAUAAUGCAGAAUGAAGGGAAACUAUUUCAAUCUUGCUAUCCAAAAUCUUUUAGAGAUCUGGUUGGAAAGAAUGGGGUGAUUGUAGUUCAUGGAGAUCAGCAGAAGAAACUUCAUGCCAUUGCAGUAAAUUCCAUGAAGAUCGAGAAGAUAAAUUCUAACUCCAAUUUCUUAAUUGAUGCACAAAAUAUAAUGCUUCAGACAAUAAACUUUCUGCCUGAUGAUGGUGCUGUUGUGCUUCAGGAUGUUUGCAGGAAGGUGGCGAUAAAUCUGAUGGCUAAUCAACUGAUGGGUUUUUCUUCUGAGUCUGAAAUCAAUGAGAUGGCAUGUCUGUUUUCUGACUUUGUUGAUGGUUGUUUAUCUCUCCCAAUCAACUUACCUGGAUUUGCUUACCGCACUGCCAUGAAGGCAAGGGAUGGCAUCAUUGCUAAGAUUAAUAAUAAAAUAGUUGCUGGAACGCAGCAGGGUGGAUCUGCAGAGAGAAAUGGAGUUCUUGGCAGAUUGGUGGAAGAAGAGAACUUGAAUGAUAAUCAAAUAGCUGAUUUCAUUAUAAACCUUCUCUUUGCUGGAAAUGAAACUACAACUAAAACAAUGUUGUUUGCUAUUUAUUUCCUCACUCAUUGCCCUCAGGCACUUGAGCAACUCCUGAUUGAGCAUGAGGGCAUAAGAAGAACUCGCCGCAGCGAGAUCCUUGAAUGGGAGGAUUACAAAGCAAUGCCAUUCACUCAAUGCGUUAUUGAUGAAACACUCAGACUUGGGGGAAUAGCAAUUUGGUUACUGAGAGAGGCAAAAGCAAAUGUGGAAUAUAAAGAAUUUACAAUUCCACAAGGGUAUCUUGUAGUGCCAUUUCUAUCAGCCAUUCACUUGGAUGAAGAAAUAUAUCCUGGAGCUUUACACUUCAACCCCUGGAGGUGGUUGAGUGAAGAGAAUAAGGAGAAAAGAAAUUGGAGAACUAGCCCAUAUUUUUCACCUUUUGGAGGGGGAGCAAGAUAUUGUCCUGGGGCUGAAAUUUCACGUCUUCAGAUUGCUUUCUUUUUACAUCAUUUUGUUAGCAAAUGCAGGUGGACUCAAAUUGCAGAGGAUCGGAUGUCUUUUUUUCCUUCAGCUCGCCUUGUCAAUGGAUUUCAAGUUCGUAUAUCCAAGGUGUAG